UCGAGCCCACACGGGCCGCCGCCGCCGCCGGCCGCGCACGUCAUGCAUGCGGGGUCCUAGCACGCGCGCCCGCCUCAUGGGCACCGUGCUCAGCUUCAGCCCGCGCGAGCGGCGCCCGCCCGCCGGCGCGCCGCCGCCGGACCGCGCCGCGCUCGCCUACUCCUACGAACGACUCAACAACGCCAAAAACAGAGAGAAUAGGGAACUCCCCCGCGACGAGCGCCGCGCCACCCUCGACGACGCCGCCAAAAUCAUCUCCGAGAAAACGGCGCUCGAGAAAAACUUGAAAAAGCACUCGCUGUUCAUAAACGCCUUAUCCUGGAAGAGGUUUUCGACGGCCAAUAACAAUAAGAAAAAGUUAGAAUGCAAGACGAAGAGCGUGACGACGUUCCGAGCGCCUUUAACAGACAAUGCACCGUUGGACAGGAAUAAGAAUGUGAGCGUCCAGGGGACGAUAUACGCGCGGCCCGCGCCCGUCGCGGCGCCGCUGCCGCCGCCGGCCGAGGUCGCGCGGACUAACGCGCUCAACAACAAUGUCUGCUACUCGGAGAAGCUGCCGACGACGGCGGUGGGGCCGCCGGUGGCCCCGCGCAAGACCGUCAUCCAGGCUUCCACCUCCGAGCUGCUCAAGUGCCUGGGGAUGUUCCUGCACACUCGCUGUCACCGGCUACGGGACUUCCAAGCGGGGGAUGCGGUGAUGUGGCUCCGGACGGUGGACAGGUCGCUGCUGUUGCAGGGAUGGCAGGACGUGGCAUUCAUCAACCCCGCGAACGUGGUGUUCGUGUACAUGCUGGUCCGCGAGCUGGUGGACGGCGACCGCAUCGCGCGCCCGCAGGAGCUGCAGGCCGUCGUGCUCACCUGCCUCUACCUCUCCUACUCCUACAUGGGCAACGAGAUCUCCUACCCGCUCAAACCCUUCCUCGUCGAGGACUCCAAGGACAAGUUCUGGGACCGCUGCCUCCUCAUCGUCGACCGGCUCUCUUUCAGCAUGCUCCGCAUCAACUCCGAGCCCGGAUUCUUCACUGAAGUGUUCACCGAGCUGAAGGCUUGCGGGGCCGUCGAGAGCCCGCCCCCCGCGCCCGCGCACCCGGCCCCCGCCCCGCCGCACGCCAUCUCGGCCGCCUGACACACAGAGGUCGCGGUGCUGAGGUUAGCCCUGACUGACCGCCCCAGUCGCGUUUGAUGUCGGCUCUACACGACCGCUUUUGUUCAAUCGUCUGACACCGAACGAGCACGGACGGGCUUAGCUAAAGUCUCCGGGUUUAGGAUAGCUCCACACGAGCCAAUUAAUAACUUCUAAGUGGAGUGUUCUUGUAGUUACGUCGGAACUGUUUGGAGAAUGUAGUGAAAUUGAAAGGUAUUUAUUUGUAGGUAACCGUGAAAGGAUCCUGAAAGCUUUGGUAGGUAAUACUCAUUUUUGAAUUUAAACUGAAGUAAAACGUGCAGGUUUAUGUUGUUCGAAGUGCAGCAUGAUAUCGACGAUGUUAUUUGCUCAAGAAUGUAAUCCCGCCGUGACGAUUGACCAAGAAUUUAUUUGAAAUCGUAUUCAUUCCAUAAGACUGGUGAGCGCGAACGGGGGAUGAAAACGCGAAGAAAUUGAUUGACCGAUAAAGUUUGCAAAUUACCGAGCCGCUAAUAAUUAGAGGCUUUAUUAAAUGCGGAAGUUUCGUGUCAUAUCGAUCGUGGAAAUUCAGCUGUUAGACCACGUUCCGGAACCGACGAGGCCGUAAACACGAUUCGCGUUUGUUCGUCCUAUUGUUACUGGGCCAGAUGACCUACACGUGCCGUGUCGACUUCGAUUGCUGCAUUUUACAUAAUUAAUGUCUGUAAUGUUAACGUAGGUAAUUUGUCUGGUAAUGAUACUUUCUGGGGCCGCUGCCGAGCGGCGUUUAGUCCAAUAGAACAGCGGUUAGUUAGUAAGUUAAGAGUUUCGUAAUGUAGUGAAAUGCUCGCAUGCCAUAUACCUAGUUAGUCGUUAGAAGCAGGCGGGAGGAUGCAAUAGCGGGGAACCGUUAGUAAAAUAAAGGAAUCCGGUGAAUCCUUCUAUGAAGUGUACGUAAACAUGGCCGUCAGCUUAAAGCGGGGCGAUUGAACCAUUGGUUGAAGUAUAUUUAACAAAUAGGUCAAAUAUUGCGAACGAUUAAGCGUUUUGUACAGUAAUAUCGAAUAAAUUUAUAUGUUAAGUCAUAAAUAGUCUGGUGUGGUUAAAUGGGGUUAGGACGUUCGGUGUGGAAAGAUGGGCGGAGGCCUAGGGCACUCGGUGUGACUUGACCACAGGCCUGGAACUAGUUAAUGAAUUUCGAAUCGUGGAUCGUACUUUACUAAACGAACGCAAUAGCCUAAUAAAUACGUAUACUCAAGAAAAUUAUUCCAGAACAGGGCGAUAGAGUUUUUUUUGUAAGGUUCAGAAGGACAACGUACUUAAAGCUGGAAUUACACUGAUAUGGCGGUCGCCACAUAAAGGAUGAUUCACGUUAAUAGACCGGGCCGUGUGCAUCGUUUUCUAUGGAAAACAUCACCUGUCAUGUCAUAGAAAAGUAAGCGCCGGAAGCUCCGGCCCGGACACGGUUCGGUCUAACGUUAGUCAUCCUUAACUUGUGUGGAUAAACCAUCAUGCGCCCAUGGUCAAUUUAAGAUAUACCGCAUGUGUUUAGUCGACCCGGAUGCGGCGACCGCAUUAAUGUAAUUGCGGUAUUAAACUUAAGUUAAUAGGUAAUCUAUUUCUAGCCAUCGUUUGUUUUCCUUUAAAAUUAGUUUCUUGAAAUGAUUGUGAAAUAAGUACUGUAGCUUAGAAAAAUUAAUGAAAACGGAUAUACCUAUAUAUAGAUUCAGGAAAGCUGGCGCUGAUUUUCAAUAAGAAUUUUGACAAUUCAGUCCGAAUAGCCUAGGUGACAAUCGCUAUCGCUUCGACAACGAAACGCUUUGUGUCUCUCUAUCACUCUUUCAUAUUAGUGCGACAGUGACAGUUGCGUUUCAAUCGCUACGAAGUGUAAGCCAUUGGCAUGUUGGCUACGCGGCCUGCUCUUAUGAAUCUAUCUAUACUUAAUCGAAUUAAUGGGUGAUUGUAGUUAAUGAACAGUGUCACCGAGUGCCGUAGUUAAAUUUACGUUAGUAAAGGUACGAAGUGGCAGUAUUUAACUCUCGGAACCGGUUUUAUCUUCAUACAAAAAAUACCGGUAUUAUUACGUUUUUUUUCGUUCUUUGGUUUAUUAUUCUAUUUUUGAUGGGUCAAUACGAAGUCGUUACCUAAAUACAUGAUUCAGUCCUACAGAAAGAGUAUAAAUGCAAUUAAAAAUAAGUAGGUAUUGGUCUAUUUUGGGAUUAAAAAAAAAACCGGUUCCGAGGCUCGGAAUCCGAGCCCUGAAUGAAACUGGAAUCUCAUUAAGUAACGACUAGGGGAAGUAGAUGUCUGUGAUGUUUAUUGAAUUAGACUUGUGUUUGUGAUAUGUUUCGUUUUGUUAUUUAUUUACUCCGGUGAUUGUUGUAUCUACUUACUCUUAGAUGUGGUUAGAUAAUAUUGUAAGGCAAUAAUUUAUUUGAUCAACAGUACACACUCCGAUAAAAUAGUUAUUUAAAGUUUUACUUAGGAGAACAUCGUGCUAGCUAAGGUACCUAAUGAAAAUUAUCGGUGUCUAAAUGUUUCGCCUUAUUUAACUCUAUCUAAUAAAGCGAAAACAAUACCUAUUAAAGCGAAAAACUCAACUGAUGAUUAGGUAUACCUAUAAACAUAACGCGGAAGAAAUAUCUAAGCUCAUAACUAACUCUAUCUAUUUUAACAUGGACUCUCGAUAGCUAUCUAUCCGAAAGGUAUUUUUGUAACAAAUGUGCUUACCUCAAAUUUUGUAUUUGAAGCUAAUUGAUACCUACAUUGCUCUAAAGUGUCAUUCUAUGAAACUUGCUAACUAUGUCAACAAAAUUCACUAGUAAAUUCAUCAUUCAGAUAUGAUUUUAACACGUUCGCGGACGCUCAGUCACACCGUUUGGACACCUAAAUUUUGUAUGGAGAUUUUGGGACUGUUAUAGCAUUCCUGUCACUGCAAAUAUAUAUUUUAGGUUUGUAUAUGACGCGUAAUGCUAUGCAAGGCGAAUGCUAUGCAAUCCGCGUCAAUAUGAAGUAUAUUUUUUAUACGCUAUAUGACAACAAAUGCUCUACAAUUCGGAUGCAUAAGCAUGUCUGUCACAUGACGUAGUCAAGAUGUGAUCUUAUAUGACAUCGCAUGUUAUAGCAUUCAUUCAUCGUGGUCGAUGAACUUGAUGGCUGAGAAUUCUGACUGCCUAGAGUCAAGAUCUUUGCUCUAAAGACUCAUUGCUGGCGUCUUCAAACAUUUUUCUAGUUCCCUCAUUGCUUAUCAUUGUCAUAUUGUGUCCAUCUCAUACAUGCCCCAUCCCAAGCACGUUCGCCAUUCAUUCGACCUAAAAUUAUGUGAUACUACACAUCCUGCGUUGGAGACCGCAUCAUAUGUCUGAAGAAUCUAAAGGCCCACUCAUGGCAUAUUGCAGAGAGCCGAAAGGGCAAUGUUGAGCUCUCUAAAAUAGAGUACUUUGUUUUUCUAGCUGUUCAAGGUAUACGCAGCAUUUUACGCCAACACCACUUCUCAAAAGCGUCAAUCUCGUCCGCAUUACACUUUUAGAGUUCCCUGUAAGGCACCGCCGUGUGAAGUUCUGGACGUAAAGCGUCCACCACUUUUCCUGUCAGGCGAUGAUUCACCCAACUUUAUAUUAUUUUUCGAAUGCAUCUGCACCAAACAUAAGGCGUGAAAUAUACAAGAAUUAUGCCACAAUACUUGUCAUAAAGGUUCUUACCUUGUAAGAGGUGAUCAUCGAGCGCCAGCAGGCUUAUAAUUCACAAUUAUACCAUCAAAACUAUGACUAGUAACGUAAUUACUUGACACAUUCAUGCCUCACUUUUUCACAUUCACCGUUAUCAAAAUUUGAUUGUAGCACAAUAAACCACUAGUAAACAUGUUCGUUUAUUAAAACACAUUGAAAAACUUAAAGAAAUUGUAAGAAAAACAUUAAUUACGAUUUUAUAAAAAUCCGUCAAAAUCACUAUCGCGCACGAAAAUCACCCAAAUUUCAUGUGUCCACUCCCAGACGCACCUGCCGGGCUACUAAGGGAGCUCCCAUACAAAGACGAAUGCUGUAGCAGGUGCGUCACAGAAAGGGGGGCCCAAUUGGAGACGUCACAGGAUAAUUUUUAACUUCGAUAAAACUAUGUAAUAUGGCAGUAUGCAAACUUUGAGUCUGGUGACUGGUAGAGGAAAAGUUGGUGAAUAAUAUUAUACUGUGGUAAAGCGGAUUGAUAAGCAUUUCAACGCAGAAAUUUAAAACGAAUAACGGAUGCUAUAGCAUACGCGUCACCAGGAGUAGUGCAAAAACGGAUGCUAUGCAAUCCGCGUCCGCGAACGUGUUAAUAUGGCGGUUUGUUUACAUAGUUAGCAAGUUCCAUAGAAUGACACUUUAGUGAUUCCAAAUAACGACAUACCAUCGUCCAAUCUUAACUGACAUUUUGUCAACCUUAUUGUAAAGAUUAUAAGGUCCACAGAUGAUCAGUUAAGAGUUUAGCUGGCAACAAUUAGGUAAAAAUAAGAUUUCAUAACUGCUGCACGAUGUUACUCCUAGUAAAGUUAGAAUAAGAUUAUAAGGAUGUUCGUUGGACUAUUAUAUAAGACAUGAUCAUGAUGCCGUCUGUAUAUCUAAAACUUCCUAUUUACCUGUAUUGAAAUUCAAAAGUACCUUAUAAUACUCUGUUUGAAAUAGCAUAAUGUUGAAACUAGUCAGUUUUGUUAGAGCUAUGUUCUAUUUUAUCUUGAGAAUGCACUUAUUUUUGGACAAGAUCCUACUAGAAAUUAAUUAUUUUCUUAUUCCGAUGUUUACUUUCAUGGAAUCAGUAUCAGGCUAUGUACAUUCCAAUUAUUAGUGAAUAAGUGAUAAGUUCAAAUACAGCUUAAAGUCGAAUUCCAGUGAUCUCUGGGUUAUUCUCAAACUUUACAACGUUUCAAACGCUGUCCACUCCGGAAUAAUGUAACUAGGUAUACUUAUAAGUACUUACACUUCACAACUUUUGUUAUAAAAUAGUCAAAUAUACUAGAAAUAUCGGGGUAGUUGCACUAGUUGCAUAGAAUCGAAAAAGGGAAGCUAAGUACAGACGCCAUCAGAUAUAUCGGAGUGGCAAAGGUGUUCACAAUAUCUGAACGCGCACUCUAACGCCUUGACAAUAGAGGCGUGUUAAGAUAUUUGUGAGCACCUUGGCCGCUCCUAUAUAUCUGAUGGCGACUGUACCUCCCUAGGUAGAAAAUUGAAUACUAGACUAAGUGAUUCCAUUCUCAUUUUAAAAAUCUGUUAUUACUCGCAGCGCAUAUUACCUACAUACCUACAAUGGCCUCUCGAUUUGCAAUACAUUGCGGCUUUGGAUCGAUAGGUUUGUUUCGUUGCUCCUACUUACCUAGCAAUUAUCUGAAAUUGCAUGCCAUUUGUUUGGUCUGUAGAAGCACGAGUGAAAUGCACGGUCAGGUGAUAUCAAAUUGAGAAUAAUUUGUAAGUUUGAAUCAUUUUAGUGUUUGAAACGCUGUAAAAAUUACCUGAGAAUCAUCCCUCUGAUAUUAUAGCAUAACUUUGAUAUUUGGAACGUGUGGUGUCAUAAUAAUCGAAGGUAUUACUGAUCAGGUACCUCUUCUAAUAUUACCUACUCAUGUAAUUCACGUUUGUUAAUUACUCUAUUGUAAAUAUACCCAAUUAUUAAAAAAGACUUUCGUAUACA